UUUUUUUUUUUGUUUGUUUCUUUGCCUUUCAUGAUCAGAGAAAGAUAGUUAUUAUGAAGUUUGGAAAGCAGAUGGAGACAGCAGCAAAUGAUUUGCCCGAGAAUUGGAGACCUUACCUUAUUCACUAUAAGACCUUGAAAAAAUCGAUUCGACUUGUGGUGGAUGAGUUAGAGUCUAGAGGUCUAUCAACGGAAUGGAUCAAUACCUUGGAUACAGACCAAGCAAUGCGGUUAGAUUACAUAUUUGAUGGAGACGUCAAAGAUCCCCAUCCAUUUAUCAAAAUUACUAUCGAUGACCCCACUUCAAUUUCAUCUUCUGAAGAACCUACUAUCUUGAAAUUAAUACCCAUUACAGAACAAUUAAACACUGAACCUCUCUCGAUCAAAAUAGAACUUGUGAGAGACUCUGAGUUCUUUCACUUACUUUUACAUGAAUUAUCUCAUGCCGCUGCCUUACACGAUGUAGAGAAAGAUCGAUUUAUUGGAAACGUGGAUAGUCUGGAAGAACAGCUAACAAUUGCUGCCUCCCCACAAAAGAAUGAUUUAUACGCUUGGAGAGAAAUAUUUAAUUUAUACAUGGAAGCAGCUAUCUUUAAGGAUGUAUCUCAAGGACAGUACAGCCCACAUUCAUAUCAAAGAAGUCAAAGUCAAUUGCAAUGGUUCACCACUGAGCUUUCAAGAAUGAAUUUGACCAAGAAACUAUCAUCAAGACAUUCUAAAAAAGCUCUAACUCAAUUCAUGGCAAUCAAUGCUCAACUCGUACAUUUUAAGCAUUUUCAAUCGUUAAACCAGACUGCCAUGAUAAAGAUUUUAAAGAAACAUGAUAAACGUACAAGUUUGAGUGCCACAUCCGAAUUUCCCUCGUUCGCAAAAAGUAAUGCCAUAUUUGUCGAAGGCGUUUUAAUGUCUCUUUAUAAUGCAGUUCAAACAAAGCUUAUCACAAUCGUUCCUCAACCUGAUGAUUAUGACUGUCCGGUUUGUUUUUCGAUAGCUUGGAGACCAAUUCGAUUAGAAUGUGGCCAUGUAUUUUGUGUCCGUUGCCUUAUCAAGGCACAUAAGAAAAGGUUAUACAAUUGCCCCAUUUGUAGACAAGAGCAUGCAGUUGGAAACGCAGAUGCACAUAAUUUGGACCAAAAAUUACAAAGUUUCAUGCUAUUGUAUUUUCCCAAAGAAAUUAAAGAAAAGCGUAAAGAAAAUGAACGCGAACAAGCUACACUGAAUAGACAACAACAUUUGAAAUGUUCGUUACCACCACGUAGGUUAGCUACCACCAUAAAUCAUCGAGUGAUAACUACACCGCCUCGUGAAUCUAGUUGUAAUAUCAUGUAAAAAAAAAAAACAUCUAUUCCCC